GUGCCGUAUCCUAGCAACCAAAAAUUAAUAAAACAUAGAACUGAAAACCAAAGAUCCAUUUCAGUUUCAUUUCACCAGCAGCAACGGCGAUGCCACCAGCAGCAGCAACGGCAAGAACCCUAACCCGCCAUCCUCGCUCUUCUCACCUAGCCUCCCUGGUCACUGCCAUAACCUCUUGUCUCGAAAUCCUAAACCCCCAAAACCCUAACCCUAAACACAUCAAUCCAACCCAUCUAAACCAGUUCUCCCCUCACCUGGACUCCAACUUGGUCAUUGAAGUCAUCAAAGAACAGCAACCCUAUCCUUUCCAAGCCCUCUUCUUUUUCAACUGGGCAUCAAACCUGAACCCAAACCCAAACAACUACUCUCACAAUCACCGAUGCUAUGUAGCCAUCAUUGACCUUCUCCUCUCUCACUCGCUUUUUCCCAUUGCCAAAAACCUCCUUGAAAAACAUGGCAUGUUUUCUGAUCUUUUAGUUAGUAAACUUAUUAGAGCUUAUGGGUAUAGUGGGGAUACUAAAAGUGCAAUCUUUUGGUUUCAUAAAGUGAAAGAGAUUCAACAAGGGAAGUGCUUGUUUUCUUGGAAUGCUAUUUUGGGUGUGUUAGUGAAAGUCAAUCAGAUUAAUGUAGCAAAGUCAUUUUUUGAUCAAAUUGUGCAUGAUGCCGUUGUAAAGCCUGAUGCUUCAACUUAUACAACAAUGAUUCGAGGGUUUUGCAAAGUGGGUAUGAUUGAGAAUGCUAGGAAAGUGUUUGAUGAAAUGAUUUGUGAGCCUAAUUUGAUUACUUGCAAUACUUUGAUUAAUGGUUAUUGUAAAAAAGGUGAUAUGGAGAAUGCAAGGAUAUUUUUGUGUAGGAUGAUGGAGAGUAAGGACUGUUUGCCAGAUACGGUUACUUAUAGUACUUUGAUUGAUGGUUAUUGUAAGAAAGGGGAAUUGAAUGAGGCAAGGAAGUGGAUGGAUGGGAUGUUGAUUCGGGGUUGCAACCCGAAUUUAUGGACCUAUAAUGCUAUUAUUUAUGGUUUGUGUCUGAGAGGAAAUGUUGAUGAGGCUAGGAGGUUUCUGACAAAGAUGAGACUGAAUGGGGUGAAAGAAAAUGUUGCAACUCAUUUGAGUAUUUUGAAGGGCCUUUCCGUUGCGGGGAAGUCGGAGGAAGCUAUUGGAUAUUUCAGCGAGAUGAUUAGAAAAGGAAUGAAACUUGAUGCAAAAGAGUAUGAAGUUGUGAUUACUGCGUAUUGCAAGAUGAGGAAACCCGAUGAAGCGAUUUCUAUUAUGAAGGAAAUGCAGGCUAGGGGCAUUAGUCGGGGUGUUGGAAGUUUCAAUGCUGUGCUUAGGAUUCUUGUGGAGAUUGGGGAGCUUGAUAAAGCAGUUCUUCUUCUUAAACAAGUGAAGAAUAUGGGUUGCCUUCCAAAUUUGGUGUCGUAUAGCACCGUGAUAUGUGGUCUUUGCAGGUCCCAAGGUAGGAUGCAUGGAGUUGCAGAUCUUGUAGAUGACAUGCUUCAGGAUGGUUUAGAGAUGGAUGCAACCUUGUAUAGUUGCUUAGUCGGUGGUUUCUGUGAAGCUGGCAAUGAGGAAAUGGCAAUGCGUGCCUUUUAUGACUCAAUUAAUAAGAAUUAUGUCAUUAAUUUGCAGAGCUUUUCAUUUUUUGUCAACCUGAUGUGUGGAAAGGGAAAAGUUAUCGAGGCUGAACAAAUAUUCAAGGAUAUGUGUAGGAGAUGCUCGUUAGUUGACGUGUACAGUUACCAGAGGGUCCUAGAUGAUCAAUUGCAUAAACACUCAGGGAGAAGAUGAGAGGAAACUGAAGUGGCAAGCCACUGGACCCCCCAAAGGCAAAUAUACCCUAAUGAAUAUAGGAGGACAAGAGAUUGCUCUUGACCUAUUUUUUAAACUGAGUGCUCAGAAUAUGCUAUGCUUUCAGCUGAAUCAAGGGAGAACCAUGCUGAGACAUGAAGUUUUUGCAAUGUCACAGACUUGGAGAGAAUGUGCAAGUCUCGUGGUAAAAGAAUGUUGUCGCAUUUUAUUACUUCUGUCGUGUCCUUUGCUUGUUAACAUGCUCUCAUCACA